UAACAGCAGUAAAUAAGUAUUAAUCAUGGAUCUUAAAGGUUCCCUGGUUGAUACAAACAUCAAAAUACUUCCUUCAGAAGCACUAAGUAAUUUCAUUAAAAAUAUAUCCAGUGAUGAUGUUCCUAGUAACAUUUUAAAAAUCAAAAAAAAUGAUGUCAAAAUAGAAUCUAAAACCACUUAUGAAGUGAAACAGGUCAGCUUUAAGAACAAAGAUAUAGAAAACAUAACUAAAAUCAAGGAAACCAUUAGUAAAGUUUAUGAAUCCAACAAUACUGAUACAGAUGAAAUUAAAGAUACAUUAAUUUCUAAAGAAGACAAAGAGGAUUUGGAAAAAGAGAGUAAAAGAGAUUUAGAAGUAAAGGAGUUCCAAGAUGAGGAUAAGAAAAAUAAAGUUUUCUUAAACACUUCCGAUAUGGAUUGGAUGUAUAAUUACAUUAAUAAAUUAAGAGAAGAGGGAAAAGAUGUACCUUAUUUACAUGUUCUGUUUGAAGGAUCCCAAAUUGAAUUACCUGAGAAUGGUAUUGUAAAACGAAAUCCUGAUUUAGAAGCCAGAUGUGUAAAACUCAGAGCUCAAAUGGAAGCUAGAGAGUAUCGUAAAAUGACAAAAAGUGUUGAUAAUGUUAGGAUGCGGUUUCCAGAGGACAGUAUAAGCUAUCAAAUGAAACAAUUAAAUCGUCAACUAAUUGCA